AUGAAGUUCUUCAAAAUCAUUAGUCUUGCUUCUCUUGUCUCGGCUUUCCCUCAAUUUCGCCGACAAGAGACAGUCGUUGGAACUAUCAAGAGUUCAGUUGACACUAUUGCUGACACUACACUCACAACACUCACUAUAAUUGAAAAUGCUGCUGUUACUCUCAAAAACACCACACGGGGUACCGAAGCCACGGUAGACGCUCAAAUUGCUGUCCAAGCCAGUCUUGAGGAAAUCACCGAAGCUCUGACAACUGCCACAACCCAGAUCGCCCGUGUCACCACUGGAGCUGCAGGCAAUGUCGGUGGUCAAGCUUCUAGUCUCUCAGCGCGACAAAUUGUGCAACUCACUGCUGCUCUUCGACAGACCAUUGGCACUUUCGAUGAUAUCCUCGAAACAGUCUCUGGCCUCAAGACCCUCACUUCCGAGAUUCAGGCCAUAUUGGAGGCCGAAAUCAAGGCUCUAAGAGAUUCCGUAAACCCUUUCCUACACCCUCUCCUCCUCUUCAGCGUUGCUGUCAGAAACGCAUCCCCUAGUCUUGAGGGCGGUAUUGUUCGAGGUUUGGAUUCUGCCUUUACCAACUUGAUUCAACUUCAACGGGAUCUUGUUGCCGACAUUGGCGUUCCCCAAAUGGGAGGUCUCUAA